UCUCAGCUCGGCAGGUCGGGGCUCACAUUUACGCACACUUUCCAAGACCACAGGAGCCAGAGGAUACCUGUCAUCCUCUGGAAUGGUCUUCUGCCUGUUGUCCCCGGGGGGGAUCUCUGCAGAGACUUAGUGGGGAGACAGUGUCCCGGGUGAGAACCAAGGAGGAUCCCUGCUCUGAGCCGCCGCAGCCCCUGGCUCCUCACUGAAGCAAACGAAGCAAAAUGCUGCUGUUGGAUGUGGAUUAAGGGACCUGCCAAGAUGCUCCAGCUACAAGGCCCACAGCUGCUGCAGAUGUUAGAGAAGUGCUUGAUGAAGAGUCUCCCUGAGUCCUUAAAGGUUUAUGGGACCGUCUUCCACAUGAACCAGGGAAACCCAUUUGGUCUAAAGGCCCUGGUGGACAAGUGGCCUGAUUUUAAGACAGUGGUUAUCCGCCCUCAGGAGCAGGAGAUGGCAGAUGACUUUGAUCACUACACCAACACCUACCAAAUCUUUUCUAAGGAUCUCAGGAACUGUCAGGAGUCCCUUACCACAUCAGAUGUCAUCAACUGGAAACAACAUCUGCAGAUCCAAAGUUCACAGUCCAGCCUGAAUGAGGUGAUACAGAAUCUUGCAGCCGCUAAAUUGGUUAAGGUCGAGCACACACAGAGCAUUCUCUACGUGAUGCCUGAGACAGCGAGGAAACUGCUUCCUUCCCUGCCAGAGACAAAGAACUUACCUGCUGGAUAUGGUGCACCCAAAGCCAUUAAUGAGGAGAUGUUUAAGCUCUCAUCCAUGGAUCCUACACAUGCCGCUUUGGUGAAUAAAUUCUGGCAUUUUGGUGGCAAUAAGAGGAGCCAGAGAUUCAUCGAGCGCUGUAUCCGGGCCUUCCCCACCUUCUGCCUGCUGGGGCCUGAGGGGACCCCUGCGUCCUGGUCCCUGAUGGACCAGACAGGAGAGAUCCGGAUGGGGGCCACCCUGCCCGAGUACCGGGGCCGCGGGCUCGUCUCCCACAUGCUGGCAGUCCACACCCGGGCUCUGGACCAGCUCGGCUUCCCCGCGUAUAACCACACAGACAAAGCCAACAAAAUCAUACAGAGAAUCAGUCACAACCUGCGUCACAUCGCCAUCCCCCGUGGCUGGAACCAGUGGAACUGCGUGCCCCUGCGAAGCGGGCCCCCACCCGAGACAGCGCUGGGUGGGCUGGACACGUGGCCAGAGAGGCAGAGGGCUGGGCGGGAAGGAAGACGGCCUCGUCAUCAGCGGGGAGGCAGCGUGGGCUGUUCGGGGCUGGGCAAGCGGUGAGCGACCCGCAGAACCCCAGAGUCCCUGCCCACUGCUCGCCCGCGGACUUGCCUUCAGUCCCGCAGACCUUCCUGUUUCCCCCACAUUCCAACCCUGGCAACCACCACUCUACUCUGUGCUUCUGUGCGUUCCACUUUCUUUUUAAGACCCCAUGUAGUAAGAGGGAGGCUACAUGUGUAUAAUUAUGGCUGAUUUGUGCUAUUGUAUGGCAGAAACCGAUGCAAGGAAAUAAAUUUAAAAAAUGAAGUUAAUGCUUUGAAGAAACGUUACAAAAGCGUC